GCCUCUGCACUCGAUGCAAUAUAUGCCUUAUGAAAAUCGUAUUUAAAGUUUGAAACGAAGCCUUGACUGCUUGAUGUGCUGCUGCGAGACGUAAUUUUUGCUUUUGUUACGUUGGCUUGUGAAACUGGAUGAGGAUUUGUGAAACAUCGCCAUCAGAGUGUUAGGUAACGCUGCGCGUACGAUCAAACCUGCAGGUUCGCUGCUUCCCUUGAUUGAAGCAAGGACCCAGAGCGGCCAAAGGGUUCAUUAAACAGAUAUAAGAAUGUUUGGCCAGCCGUUCGGUGCUGCCACUACGACCGCGGCGCCCACGUUCGGGACAAGUACGUUCGGUACUUCCACGUUCGGCAGCGCCGGGGGCACCCUAUUUGGUCAACCACAGCCACAGCCGUCAACAUUUGGUGGGGCUAGCACGACCUUCGGCAGUAGUGCGUUCGGGCAGCCCCAACCAGCAGCGGCCACGGCGAACCCCUUUGGGACGACGAGCACAUCAUUCGGAGCGGCAGCCGCCCCGUUCGGGCAGCCGUCGCAGCCACAGCCCGCUCAGUCAACGGGAAUUUUCGGUACCAGCACGGGUGGACUAUUUGGACAACCCGCACAGUCGCAGCCAGCCGCCCAGACCUCCAUGUUUGGACAGCCCCAGCAGACGCAGACGGCGGGAUUGUUUGGUGCGGGCGCCACUUCUGGAUCCUUGUUUGGACAGCCUACUGGUUUUGGAUCGACAGCGGGAAGUACGUUUGGCGCUCCAGCACAGGCAGGACCAACGACGAUGUUUGGACAGCCCCAACAACAAGCGGGAAACCUCUUCGGUGGCACCACUGCCACAUCUGGUGGCAUAUUCGGCGCACAAUCCGGGAACUCUAUGUUCGGUACCGGUACCGGGCCAACUGGCACGACGGUGAAAUUUACACCGGUUAUUGGCACCGAUUCCGUGAUGAAAAAUGGCGCAACCAGUAACAUUCAGACGAAAAACUUCUGUAUUUGUAUGAUGAAAGAAUACGAAGAGAAGAAGAGCAUGGAAGAACUCAGACUGGAAGAUUACCAAGCCAACCGCAAGACGGGCACAGCCACUACGGCGUCGUUGGGAGUUUUCGGACAGCCACAACAGCCAGCUACCGCUGGAGGACUCUUUGGUGGAAACAGCAAUACCUUCGCUUUUGGCGCACAAGCUGCAAAUAAGCCGCCGUUCGGUACAAAUUCUACUGGAAAUAUUUUUGGUCAGCCGGCUGCUCCGCAGCCUCAAGGAUUGUUUGGAACCGCUGCAGCUCCUCAGACGAAUAUCUUCGGUCAACCUCAAAGUAGCGGUGCAGGAUUGUUUGGACAGCCGGCAGCGACUACUUCGGCUUUCGCAUUCGGCACCAACACUUCCACGAAUACGUUUGGUGGUGGUUUUGCAUCACAGCCACAGACUUCAAAGCCCACUAGUCUUUUUGGAGGUCCUACGUUUGGGACCACCACAACCACCACCACGGCUGCACCGCUUUUUGGGACGAAUACAAGUACUUUCGCUGGAUCAUCCGGUUUUGGUUCAACUUUUGGACAGCCAGCCACCUCACAAUCUGGGGGGUUUUUCGGCAGCAAACCGGCAUUCGGAGCUGCUCCUACGACCAGUGCACCCAGUGGGUUUGGUGCUACCAGUUCAUUCGGAGCCAACUCAGGAAUAUUUGGCCAGAAACCGGCAACGUCGGCUCCCUUCUCCUUCGCUACCAACACUUCGACAACCUCGGGAUUUGGAGGUUUUGGCACGACUAAUCAACCUCAAACAUCAAUAUUCGGACAACAACAAAAUAAACCUUUUGCUUCAUCCUUUGCACCUGCGAAUGCGUUUGGCGCACAGUCCAGCACCGGUAUGUUUGGGCAGCCAGCAGCUGGAAGUAGCGUUUUUGGUCAAGCGCCGAGCGCAUUUGGCACUGCUACAGUUCCGACGGGGUCAAUUGCGCAGCCAACCGGAAAUGUCCAUGCUCAGAUGAUAGAAAUGCUGAAAUCGGGAGGAUCCGAUACGGAUGUUCUUAAGAACCUGUAUCCACAGUUGCCCGUAAAGGAAGUGGAGAAAAAGCAGAGCCAGUUAUCGCGAGACGCCAUCAACACAUUUAUUGCCAAUGCAAAACGCAAUUACACACCGGUUGCCGCGCGGAAUGAAGAUACGUAUAAGUACUAUGUAGCACCAAGUAGCAAAUUGGACACGGGUUCGAUGGCUGGUCCCAGUGGACUGAUUUCGUGGCGUCCUGUGGGUGUCAGGCGAGAUGAGAAGAUUCGCUUGGAUCGCGCUUACAUUGAAAAACUGGAAAGUGAACUGAGUUCAGAGAAUAAUCCGACUCAGUCGACCACCGUGCCCAGCGCAAAGAUGUCUCCAAUUCACUCAGCCGUGUACUCAAAUCAAAAACAGUCGGAUAAAAGGGUGGGUGAUCCGUCCAGAUCGCGUCCAUCAGUGCCCUAUAAUAUCCGCCAGGCAUUCGAUCAGGAAGAUUCAGGGAGCAAAACUGGCCAGAGUGAUAGAGUUUUUGACCAGGACACAGUUACUUCUGAAAAUGGCGAUGUGGACGUAAAUGUUGGCAAUAGAGCUGUUACUCUGAGCCGCCCGGACUACUACACCAUUCCAUCGUUGCACAAAUUGCUCUUAGAUGAGAAGGGGUCGUGUAUUGUGGAGAACUUUCUGAUUGGUCGAUAUACUUUUGGAAGCAUCGAAUUCUUGGGCAGAACCGAUAUAGCAGGGAUGAAUUUGGAUAAGAUUGUUGACAUUAGUGACAAAGAAGUGUCCGUGUAUGGCAGUGACGAGCGCCCGCCAAUUGGUACUGGACUGAAUAAAAAGUCUCUCGUGACAUUCGAAAACAUAUUUCCGGGGGAAUCACCGGAGAGUUUGAGAACUAUUAGCCAGGAAGGUUUGGAAAGCUUUAUCGAACUACUGCGCCAGCGUGUAGAAGAAAUGGAGAGCGCUACAUUUCACGAAUACGAUCCGGAGACUCUCCGAUUGAGUUUUUUCGUUCGCCAUUUUUCCAAAUACACACUGCGAUUGACUAAAGACGAUACACAAGUUUUUGGCAAGAAACGAGUGGCUGAAGAGCGUGAUGGUCCGUUUAUGAAGAAAUCACCACUUCUGCCCGAUUUGCUGGAGAAGACUGGAGACUUUAGUCGACGAAGUGAUGACAGUUCCAAGGAAAACAGUACGGCUCUGUUUGAGCGGGCACGGUUUUUGUCUCAACUGACCGGAAAUGCAUCCAUGGCAAAAAGUGAAGAUUCCGGAGUGAAUGCGUAUUUCGCUGAGCUGUCGCAGACUGAAGAAACGGAAAGUGGAAUGUGGGCUGGAGAAGAGAAGAUUGUUUCGCCCAUGGAAUCGCAAGAUAUCGGAUUGGAAUACGGUGUAAGUGGAAAAAGCUUAACGGGAUGCUUGACUGGCGGCAUGAACUGCGAAGAUGUUGGAUGCGUCACCGAAUUGAAUGGAGAAACGCUCAAGAAGAUCGUUAUUUUGGGCCAAGGGCUGACUGUUGAUACGCAACUUGUACUCGAGGAGCAGAUGAAUCUCUACCUUCGACAUUGCCGGUAUAUCACGACGGGCAGUGAAACAGUUCUUGCUGAACCUGCUGGAGAAGCGGUCUUCGUUAACGAGUUCUGCGACCUUUCACAGAAGAUGUUGUCGGAGCGGUUUUCUGUAGAACGAUUUACGUGGGGAUUGUGCCAGGUGCUUUACGGGCAGAGCGAGAGGGAUCGGGAUUCCCACUUGGUCAAUCGGAAUCAGUGUGAGCAGUUUCUUCACUGGAUGAGAAGUUUGAUGCGAGAGAUUAGUCCAGUUCCCAGUGAUCUCGAUCAGAUAUCUUCGGAGCAAGGCCCCCGGUUAUUGUUUCACUGCAUUCUGCGCAAUGAUUUGGACAGCGCCAAACUGAUCUGUAACCAUUUUAAAUUGUACGAUGUAUGGAGCAUGAUUCAUGCGAUAACUGAAGGACCCCAAGACGCUCACGAUUUGGCGCUGGCUGUAGCGAAUGAGUAUUUGGACGAUGUUGUGGAAAAUAUCGAUAGUAAUAUGGAUGAGAGCACUUUAUUUCUGAUAAAAACGGUAAUGCUCCUUCAUGGCGAUUUGACGCUGUCGGAUUAUACAAAAGAUGUGCCAGUCGAAGUAAACGUCUUCGAGGGAUUGAACUGGGUGGAAUGUUUAGCAGUUAGCGCAUUCUGUGCCGAAAAAUGCGAAUCGGUUCCAGUUACCGGCAUUUGGGAUUUUCUUUCCGUGUACGAAAAUAAAGCCGAGUAUUAUCCCCAGUGUAUCAUGCCAGAAACUUCUUCGGACUAUCCCGCAUUUUGGUACUAUCUGCUAAAACAUCAUUGUCGAUUUAUGACUGGUUCCAAACCUAUGGAUCUGACGGGUUGCCUGCGCAGCGAACAGAACUUUGACGCGCGGAUAAAAUGGUUCUUGGUGCGCUUGAUGACUGCUGCUGGAGAAUCAUUUGAGCGCUCGUUUGACUUAGUAGUGAUUUCGGAUUUCGCGAAAUCUUUGGCAAGAACUCGCUGUGCCCAUUUCGGAGUGGUUUCGUACUUACAUCUCCCGCCGGAUCGUAUUCGGAACAGCGAGAUUUAUUCCGUAAUUCAGUAUGAACUGAUGAUGAUCCAAGAAAAUCCGGACAUGUAUGAAGUGAUACACAACUUUUUCGGAAAGAGCUUGAAAAUUUCAUCCUCGAUGAUAAGCAAAGCCGCGGCUACUCCUUACCGUGCCAAGGGUGACACUCUGGAAGCGGCGUACAUGUAUUUUGAAGGGGGAUGUUUGGAUUUGUGUCGUGAAAUCAUUGUUAAAUACGCCUUGCCCCUGUUAGCCUCGUGCAGCCCUGCCAUGUACCAUUCUGUCCUGGGGAAAUUGUACUUUUUGGAGGAUGCCGUUGAUCAGCUGCAGCCGUACGGAGCGUUCAUUGAAAUGUUACGGCUGGUGGAAGAUAUCAAGGAGGAUGUGGCGGACAAAGAGAUGCUGGAGAAACUGUUGGAAGUGAUUGAAUUGGUCACGAUCAAUCGCGACAUUAUGGUGGUGCCGGGAAAAGAGGGCUGUUUGUUGGAGGGUUUUAUCAAUCGAAAGGUCCAGGAAGCCAAAGCAUUUGCCGACUUCCUGGAAUGGAAUUCUAUGUGAUGAUGCAUUUGUUCCAUUUAAGUUCUCGUGGUAUUUUUUCAUGUAGUAUUUGCACGGUUUAUGCGAAUUCUUUUAUUUAUGUUGCGCUGCGUUUACGUGGAAGCCUUUUUUUAUAUGUUUAGGCUUUUGCGCUAAUUUUUUCCAAACAACCGUUGAUAGAUGAUUUUCAAAGCUAAGCAAACGAUAAAAGUUUUGGAUAUAUGCUACCUGUAUAAUAUCUUGGCGUCAUCGAUAUCAAGACGGUGGGAGACAUAAAACGCUUGUCUUAUCUCCAAUAUGCGCCUUGAAUGGCGCUCGGAUUGCCGUCUGAAUUACCCAUCAUAUGCCUGGCCUCUUCGUUCUGUUUUCAUAUUAGUGCGAUAGGAGUUUGAAGAUAACUAGCUAGUACUGGAGUAUUACGUAGCCAUUGUUAAUUUUAUGAACUGCGAUUUACAGAAUUGUCUGGACUAGAUUUUUCCACCAUCAUGAAUAUUUGAAUUUUUUUAAUAUUGCUUUGCUUUGAUGAAAACACUGUUGUGGCAAUAUCCAGAUUCUUCGUCUUAUGGAAACUUAUCCUUCUUUAUCCACAAUCGUGUAAUUAAACUGUCAUUGAUAACGUGCAGUACAUUUUAAUGAUUUGGGAGGAAACUGGGACUAAUCAAGAAAACCAACAGCGAAUGUGAUAAUACAUUAAGGCCUUUAGCCCUUUACCCAAACGCCGGGAACAGUAUUGAUUUAUAACAGCACUACCAUUACUUCCUGUGAGAAAUGACUGAAAUCUUGCAUUUACCGCGGUUUGAACGCGUGGAGAAAUAUAGUGCCUAUACUCAAAAACUUAUUUCUCAGAGGAAAAACUCCCAAAGCUUGAAAGAAACCACAUUAGAUGAUUCCCUCAGUCUGCCGGUUACCGAAUUCAAUUCGCCGACAUUGUCGAAGAAAACCACUAUCACGCGUGCAUCCUCUUCGGGAUACGGUUCGGGAUCCAGCGGGACACAAUCCGUAUCAGAUGUUACUUAUGAACAGCCGGAUAUUCUCAGCUUCGCUGACCAAUCAGAGCAAGAUGCCAAUCCCUUAAAUGAAUCACAGACGGAUGAACCGGAUGCGUCCACAGAUUUCAUCCCCGAUGCCGACUAUUACGGAAUUCUACACGGAUCCGCCACGGAAUACUCCAUUGUGACCAUCAAGGUCAACGUGAGGGACGACGAUGUCUUAUCAGUGAGCAACGACAAUCUUCCGGAGCAGAACACCGACAAAGACGUACAAACGGUGGCCAUGCCCAUGUUGUGGCACAGUUCCGCCUCCACGGCUUCCGUCAAUCAUUAUGCUCACUAUCAGUCCCGCGUAUCCUUAUCACCCGUAAGCGCAGAAUACGCGCCAUCCAUACCGUCCAGCUCUGAUGUAACCGUGGCUAGCGAUGUCGUGGACGGGGUCACGACGACGUCGGUGUCGGCAUUAGGAUGUUUGGAAAGCAGCAGGAGACAUUUGUGGGGUGCCCUUACCAAAUGCCGCAGCAUGGUUUCGCAUAUCUUUGAGUGAGCAGCUGUGUUGAGUGGACAACAGGGUUGGUUGGAGAAUGCCGGCUGAAGGUAUUAGCUACAGAGCAUACUGCAGGCAGCUUUGCAGUAUUCAGUAUUUACAAUGAUUAAUGUCGUAAUAAUGCAGCCGACGAAUAUGCUUUAAAUUAAGAGCCCUUAAUUCUUUUACUCACGAUAAAUAGCGUAUUGUGCGAUAUCGGGUCAUGGUGAUAGCCGCGCUAUGAAAAUUGACGCUUCGCUAUGUGAACUAAUUUACUAUUUGUAAAUUAUCGGAAAGUCUUUCAGCCUCUGCCGUGUUUACAGUUUGUCGGAAAAUUGUAUUUAGAUAACCGAAAUAAAUCAUCUGCUCCUA